UUUUUUAUGCGCAGCCUUGCUAUACAUUGCAUCGAUGCAUUUGCUGUGCACGUUUCGUUAGUGGGUGAAUUUAAGACAGUAAGUGAACGUUAUACGUUUGUCACACCUUUUGCCUCGAGAACACGAGAACCAAAUGUAUUAUUGGGUUUGUUAUUUUUCAGUCGUGGAGGUAAGAUUGUCGUUGCCGCUUGACCAUUGUUACAAAAAAAACCCCAGCAAAAUAAAGAUCAUUUAAUUUCUGUGCAGCUUUGAAUGGGGGGGACGGGGGGGACGACAAGUUCUGACACGGUUUUGUCAGCACAGAAUUCACACGGGUAGGCUAGCGGCUACCAGCAUGAUUAUGCUAAGGCGAGUAUUCGGCGCCAGUCGCAACACCACCCACUUUGGUGUUUUGCAUUUCGUGAUGUUUUUUUUAAGACACGAGACACGACGUAACAAUUUCCACAAUUAUUACAAUUUCCAUUGCCUUCUGGCGUUUGUGUUGCAAAAUGGAAAGACGCAUACCCACGCGCGCGCGCGAGUGUGUGUGUGUGGGUGGGUGGAGUUUGGAAUAAUGUUUUGUAAAAUCUUUAGAAACGCUGAUGUGAACUGCUAGAGAUUUUUUUUUUUUUUUUUUUUUGCAGUGGUGAUUUUGAAAGAGUGUCCGGCUGGCUGCUUUCUGUUUUUUGAGCUUGUGUUAGUGUUGGGUUCGCUGUGUGUGUGCAGACUGCGUAAGAAGUCGAGAAGGAACUCGACAGGGAUCUGUUUACAAACAAACCAACGAGGAGGGCUCGCUGCUGCCGACUAGCGGUCGCUUGGAGAAUAGGUUGCUGACAUAAUAGGGCGAUAAAAACACACACACACACACACACACCCACACCUUCAGCAGUCUGGCAGACUGCCCGUUAGUUUGUCAACAGGACAGAAAUUAAUAAUCCGCCUGUCUGUCGCGGUCUGGUUUGAAAUAAAUAACCCUUUCAUGCAUGACAUAUUGAAAAUAUCUGGGGGAAAAAAAAACUAGAAGUUGUUUUUUUCUGUCUACAUGAGUUCGCCGUGCACGAAAGGGUUAAUUGGCACGUUUGUCAGUUGUUUGACAAAAGGCUCAGGUCUUAUUUUGUGACACUUUAAAAGUAGUACGCAGUGCUGUGGGGGGGACACCGCGUCACUGUAAGAUUAGGAGGUCGAGCUAUCUGUGUGUCUCUGUAAAGCGUCCUCCUGUUCGGAUGUCAUCUCUUUCACAAUGUGGUUGUGCCGAAACGCGGGUUAUUUCAUUGUGCGUGCAGUAGGCAAUGCAAAUAAAACAGUAAAAACAAACACACCGAUACUAAUCCUCAGCAAUUAAACUACGUCACUGCGGAACUCGCUCCCAGUCCCUUGCACGACAACGGAUUAUCUGAGUCUCGUUUUUUUUUUUUUUUUUUUUUUCAAAAAUUAUUAGAGGAAACUUUUUUUUUCCCCAUUUUGACACAAUUCCUUUUUUUUUUUUAAGAAACGGGCGGAUCCUUAGAAACCUUGCAGAGUUACUUUUUAUAACAUUAAGAAAAAAAAAAAUAUCCAGAAUGAAGAAUUGUGUGCUGAUAUAAAAGUUUACCACAGUACAUUUCCACAUGGUUUUUGCAUCAUACUUUGCUAUGUUUUUUUUUAAAAAAAAUUAAUAAUACCUCCCUAUGCUUUACCAGACCUCUCUGUGCUUUACAAUGCUUCCCUAUGCUUUACCAGACCUCUCGGUGCUUUACAAUGCUUCCCUAUGCUUUAGCAGACCUCUCUGUGCUUUACAAUGCUUCCCUAUGCUUUACCAGACCUCUCUGUGCUUUACAAUGCUUCCCUAUGCUUUACCAGACCUCUCUGUGCUUUACAAUGCUUCCCUAUGCUUUACCAGACCUCUCUGUGCUUUACAAUGCUUCCCUAUGCUGUACCAGACCUCUCUGUGCUUUACAAUGCUUCCCUAUGCUUUACCAGACCUCUCUGUGCUUUACAAUGCUUCCCUAUGCUUUACCAGACCUCUCUGUGCUUUACAAUGCUUCCCUAUGCUGUACCAGACCUCUCUGUGCUUUACAAUGCUUCCCUAUGCUUUACCAGACCUCUCUGUGCUUUACAAUGCUUCCCUAUGCUUUACCAGACCUCUCUGUGCUUUACAAUGCUUCCCUAUGCUGUACCAGACCUCUCUGUGCUUUACAAUGCUUCCCUAUGCUUUACCAGACCUCUCUGUGCUUUACAAUGCUUCCCUAUGCUGUACCAGACCUCUCUGUGCUUUACAAUGCUUCCCUAUGCUUUACCAGACCUCUCUGUGUUUUACAAUGCUUCCCUAUGCUGUACCAGACCUCUCUGUGUUUUACAAUGCUUCCCUAUGCUUUACCAGACCUCUCUGUGCUUUACAAUGCUUCCCUAUGCUUUACCACACCUCUCUGUGGUCAAAGUGCUAUACAAUAGGAGCCGUGAGUUAUUGCCAUCCCUGGAUAUUGACGACGGGCGAAAUAGAGGACCAGGUGCCCCCCAUGGCCCGAGCACUGAAGGACGGAAUGCCAGAGAGGCGCGGAGGCAUUGCCGGGGGCAACCCGGUGAACUGCGGAGGAGGAGGGGGGGGAGGGGGCAGCUCAGGCACCUGCAGGUCCGAGGCUGUCAGAGUGGAAUCGCUUCGACGGAGAAACAAUCACCCCUUAAUGAUGGGGUACCAGUACUGCCGUCACUACAUGCAGACGCACAGCACACAGCCCCCCCUCACCCAGCACGGCACCCCCACGCCACUCUGCAGCUCGCAACACCACAGUCAUUCUCAGGUCCAGCAAGAGAGUCCCAGCUUCCACGCCCUGCCUGGCAUGCUGCAGAGGAACCAGCGCCCCCUGGCUGACACGCCCCAGAACUGCAGCCCCGCCUCCCCUGAUCAGGGAGAAGAAGAUGACUUGUCGGGAAUGGUUGCCGAGCAACUGAGAAUCAUCGGGGAUGAGAUGAAUGACAUCUACGAGCAGAGGAGGCAUGAAGCGCAGGACUGGCACCACUGGAGAGGUCUGUGGAGAGGACUGUACAGCUUCAUCACAGAGACUCUGACUGUGGGAUACCUGCGUGGGCUUCGAUAGACUGAGAGGGGAGGUGGAGACGGGGGGGAGAGAGAGAGAGAGAGAGAGAGAGAGAGAGAGAGAGAGAGAGGCGGGCUGGGUCCUCGCUCAUACACUGCUGAAAACUCAUAUGUGAAUUCCGCUGGCCCGGAUUUUUUAUUUUUACUUUUUAAACCUAAAACAGUUCAAACAGUGGUUGUCUUGUUUUUGAGUUUUUUUUUAUUUUGAUUUUUUAAAUCUUGUUUGUUUUAUGACGGUGAGCCAUUCCCUACAUGUGACCAGCCCUUCAUCGGAGAGGUACAGGGCGAUUUACAGAGUUAAAAAAAACAAAAACAAUGUUACACAUUUUCUUAGCAUUGGGAAGUAUAAUUCUACAUACCGAUAAAGGACUGAAUAUUUUCUUUUUAAUUUGAUUUAAAAAAUUUUUUAAUUUAUGUUAUUUAUUAAACUUUUUGGGGGGGCAUUAUUAAUAUUUCAUACAUAUUAAUAUCAGUAGGACUGAUCAAUUCCUUAUGAUUGAGUUCUGAAAGUUACUGAUAAUAAAUAAAUAAAGACUGAAGUGGUACAAUUCAGUGAGCACACAUAAUGAUUUUGGGGUGCCAUACUGUACCCCCAAAGCUGUGCAAAAGCCCAAAGGCAUGACCGCGCCCUUAGAGCCAUGAUAUUGAUUCAAUCCUGCUGUUCCCAGAAAGCACAGUGCUUCUCCUGUGGAAGGUUUUAGGUUAGCGCUGUAAAUAAUUGUAGGUUACAAAAAACGAAAAAAAAAAAAAAAAGAAACUUGUGUACAUUGACUGACUGUUUCAGCUUUUCUAUGAAUUUUGUACAUCCUUUUCAAUAAAGGUUGAAAAUACGA